AUGGAGACUCCAAGAGCAAGACAAAUUCACGUGCUGGUUGUGGUUCCGGGGCAAGCCCAACAAACAACAAGGUUGUGGCUCGUCAGUGGAUACAUUUAUAAUGCGCUGGGCACGAAAGGAAUUCGCAGCUGUCUCUAUCGGCUGGCGUCAUCACGGUUAGGAUGGUACGAUCCGGCGUGCCGGACAGGGGACAAGGAUGUCGCUUUUUGGUAUGAAGACAAGCGAUUGUGCAUCCAUGUUCUGUUUAAGACAGAAAAAGAUGCAAGGUUAUUUGAAUAUGACUUGGAUGUGGGUCCGCACACGCCUGACUCUCCAUUGUAUGGCCAACCUAUUACGUUGAAACUUACACGAGUUGAAGCUGUAGCGUCUGAACUUCAGAGUAUCAUGUACUCCGACUAUAAUUCGUCGACUACAGUCCUUUCCAAUCUGGACCCCUCGUCGGACGAGUUUCGUUAUCAACGUAUCGAACACGAGUGGCUGUUUGCUCCGUACGGCAAGGCAGAGAGAUAUCAGUUGGUGUCGAAACAGCAAUGCAAUGACAACAAGCCUGAAUUUGCUAAGUACGAUCGUGAUCCGAACAAUGUGCUUGCACUUUCGUACGGUAUGGUUGGCUUUUACGACGGUCUUAGCCUUGAUGUUCCUAUCGUCAACAUGCUUCCUGGAUCGGUUGAAGAGACUCCAUCAAUUGGCAGCAGAUACAAGGUCGAGAUUUUGGUGAAGGUACUAGAUCCGCGUUGCGCUAAGCGCAUCUUCUAUCGUUUGAAGGAUGGAUCAACCACGACCGAUGACCCGGUUGUGAUGAAGACGUUUGUCCACGUCGAGGAUCCCGAAACGUUUUGCUUUUGUAUGAAGUGGAAGCAUGACUAUAACGAGGAGCUCUGGGAGAGCUUCCUUGAUAUGACUCCGGCGGUCGAUUGA